AUGCAGACUUUAGUUACAGUUAUAUCAUCCUCUAGGGCUUCUUCCCCCUUCAUAUAAGACGUGCCAUGAAAGCAGAAUUCUUGCUCAGGAAGGGGAAACUUCAAGGUCCUGUCACAGUUGCUAGCUGACGGACAAUGGAGGACCUGAUUAAUCAGAUGAGGUUUAAGUUUUCUGGGGUAAGACAAGGAAAGGCAGAAGGGGGCAGCAGCCAUAGAGAAAGAAGAAUACCAAUCCAAAGAACCCAAUCCUCUAAAGGAGAAAAGAGAGGCCAGAGCUGGUUUGAAAGACAGCUCUUGAGGCAAAUGAGCAGAAGCAGUAGCCGGCCACAACGCCCAGUGGACGAAUUAGAAGCAACUGCGGUAGCAGCAGCGGCUUUUGCUGUCAACGCCACCCUUGAGGACUCGAUAGGCCCGACCAGUCAGAAAUCAUCAACAACCGUAAGCCCUGAGGCCUCAUCCUUGGCUAAGGCAAAGUCCAGGAAGGAUAAGGGGAGACCACCACCAGAACACGGUGCAUCUCCGUCCCGAUCAUCAGGUGAAGGGUCUAAACUAAGGAGUCAAGGGAGUCCAGAAACUAAGCCCCCAUCGUCACACUUGCAGAGACGCCCGACUUUUGCCGAUCAUCUCGCUGACAGAUCUGAUAGCAGAAGCCCUAAAAUCCCAACACCACCUUCUCCCCCUCCCCCUCCUCCUCCUCCUCCUCCAAGACCCUCACAAUCCAUUAAAAAAACUGCCACUCCUUCAGCUCCUGUAACUUCCAGGCCAAUAAAACCAGAACCUUCAUUCCCAAAACCCAGUAAACCUCCAACUUCUCAGGCCCAACCAAAGGCUGCCUCAAGGCCAGCUUCAAGAGGAGGAACGAAGGCAGACGUGUGGGAGGCAACAGAGAUGGAGAAGAUCAGAGAACGGUACGAGAAGUUGAAUGCAACCAUAGCUUCCUGGGAGGAGGGCAAGAAAAAGAAAGCCAAGGCCAAGUUGGAUAAAACAGAGAGUGAGGUGGCACGAAGGAGAGCAAAAGCGAUGGAGAAGUUCAGGGAAGAGAUGGAGAGCAUCAAUCAGAUCGCAGGCGGAGCACGAGCAGAGGCACAGAAGAGACAGAAGAACGAGGAGUUAAAGGCUAAAGAGAAGGCAAAUAAGUACAGGAGAACCGGGAAAUUUCCCAGGACUUGUUUCUGCUUCUAAGAUGUCACUGGCUUCACAGGGAAUGUAAUUACUCGUCGAAGUUAUGUUUCAGUGAGUUUAACCCAAGCGGUCUUUGUACAGUUUGCAAGAUAAUCAAUAUCACGAAUUGCUCUAUA